AUGGAGGGGUUCCUGUCCACGUUUUCACCAUACGGGAACCCGGUGUACACUGUCCCGGCUCAGGGCAGCAGCUGGGGAAAGCAAGAGGGCCGUUUCAUGACGCCCCAGGGCCUCAGCUACAUGGAGCUCUGUAAGGCGAUCCUGUCCCAAGUCAGCCCCAGUUUACCCCCUCCACUCAAGAAAGCAAACACGAAGGAGUGCGGCGUGCAAGUGAACGCCAAAGUAGAUAAAAUCGUUCAGUGCUCGCUGGGUCCCAAAACGCUGUUCGGCCUGGAAAGCGACUAUUCUGAGUCCUUGAAGUCUCCUAAGAACCCGAAUCUGUUCAAACCAGACGGGAGUGCGCCCUACACCACAUCGCCAGUGAGUAAUAUGCGCUUUCUAAGGCCUGUCUCCAUCUACUCGCCGGUGUUUGACCGCAGGAAUUUACUGAAGAAACUCGGCGACGACAGUGAAAAUAAAAGAGGGGCUGAAGCCACCGGCCAAGUGGAGUCUGACAAGGAUGCCGAUGCUCAAAACUGCGAGGACCCAGUAAAGGAAUUGAAGACUACUUUCCAGCAGCCUUCAAAAGGCUCCAACUUUCAGUUCCUGGAGCAGAGGUAUGGCUUUUUCCACUGCAAAAAGUGCAACAUCCGGUGGGAGAGUGCUUAUGUAUGGUGUAUCUCUGGAACCAGUAAAGUAUACUACAAGCAGCUCUGCCGGAAGUGUCAGGUGGGGUUUAACCCCUACAAAGUGGAGCCAAUCCUAUGCAAGGGUUGCUCUCAGACCUGCUGUAGCUGUGAGAAGAAGCAGAGACACAUGAAUAUGAAGAGGCCUCACCGUCAGGACCUGUGCUGUCGCUGCAAGGGUAUGAGGCUGUCUUGUGAUGCCACCUACAGCUUCAAAUACAUUGUCUGAGCUACCCAGGGAGUUCGCUCUGGUCUGGCAUCGCCCAUUCAUCAUGUAGAUCUGAUGGCAUUCGUUAACAAGCAGAGGCCACUUGUCUGCAGACGUGCAGUACCUGAAUGUGCCACAAAUGGAAGAUUUGUUUUUCACCCCACUGAUCUUGGUGCUUAACUGUUCUUAUAAAAAGAAAUAAGGUUUAUGUAAUAAAGAAUUUCAAAUGUUAA